ACUCAAAACAAUAUAAUCAAAAGAAAACUCUAAUAUCAUAAAGAUUACAUACGUAAAUGAUCAUUCAUUCCUCUGUUUUUCUUUUCAUAGAAAUUUAAAAAAGCAGGAAAAGAAACGUGACUGAACAAAAAAACAAAAAUAAUUGGGCAAUAAAAUUAUGGCCACGUUUUGUUGAUAACAUACGUAUGACGGAAAGGAAAAAACGACAGAAACAAAAAAAAAAAAACUGGACUUAAUGAUCCAGUAAAGCUUAAUACUUUGCAAGUUUCUUGAAGCACAAGGUACCAUGACAACCGUAUUGAGGAUGAUGAGCCCUAACCUGAUCAACGGAAGAAAUCUCUACAAAGGAUCUCAGAUACUAGUCAGAGGUGAAGAAAGCAAAAGUCGAUCCCACUGGAGAUUCUCAACCAAAGUAUCCUCAAGAACGCCACAAGCCACUGCUUCUUCUGGAGUGUCUUCAACUACAACAGAACCAAAGGGGAGAGAGUUCAAUACGACGACGUAUGACGACAAAAUGUUAGCCAACUAUGUUCCUGUCUACGUCAUGCUUCAGCUCGGAGUCAUAACCAACGACAACGUUCUUGAAAACGCAGAGAAGCUCACGAAACAGCUCAAGAAACUGAAACAGAGUCAAGUCGAUGGUGUAAUGGUCGAUGUAUGGUGGGGAAUCGUGGAAUCAAACGGUCCGAAGCAAUACCAAUGGAGUGCUUACAGAAACUUGUUCGAGAUCGUGCAAAGCUGCGGACUCAAACUACAAGCUAUAAUGUCGUUUCAUAGAUGCGGAGGCAACAUAGGAGACGAUGUUAACAUCCCUUUACCGAAAUGGGUGCUAGAAAUAGGGGAGACGAAUCCAGAUAUCUUCUAUACGAACAAGAGUGGUAAUAGAAACGAAGAGUGUUUGUCUCUCUCUGUAGAUAACUUGUCUUUAUUCAGUGGAAGAACAGCUGUUGAGAUGUACAGAGACUACAUGAAGAGCUUUAGAGAGAACAUGGAAGAUUUUAUUAGCUCUGGAGUUAUAAUAGACAUUGAAGUAGGGCUUGGUCCUGCUGGAGAGCUUAGAUAUCCUUCUUACAGUGAGACUCAAGGAUGGAUUUUCCCGGGAAUCGGAGAGUUUCAAUGCUAUGACAAGUAUUUAAGAUCAGAUUAUGAGGAAGAAGUUACAAGAGUGGGCCAUCCGGAAUGGAACCUUCCAGAAAAUGCAGGCAAGUAUAACGAUGUUCCAGAAGCAACCGGGUUUUUCGAGGACUCUAGUGGGACUUACCUUGUGGAAGAAGGAAGGUUCUUCUUGUCAUGGUACGCAAGAAAGUUAAUUCUCCAUGGUGAUCAGAUUCUUGAUGAAGCUAAUAAAGUUUUUCUUGGAUGUAAACUCAAGUUAGCAGCAAAAGUCUCUGGGAUCCAUUGGUGGUACAAAACUGAAAGUCAUGCAGCAGAACUUACGGCUGGUUAUUACAAUCUCAAGAACAGAGAUGGUUACGCUGCGAUUGCGAAAAUGAUGCGUAGGCAUCACGCUAUAUUGAAUUUCACUUGUCUAGAGAUGAGGAACACUGAGCAGCCAGCAAAAGCUAAGAGCGGACCUCAAGAACUUGUUCAGCAAGUGUUGAGCUGUGGAUGGAGAGAAGGGAUUGAAGUUGCUGGCGAAAACGCGCUUCCGAGAUUCGAUAGAGAUGGAUACAACCAGGUUAUACUAAAUGCAAGGCCUAAUGGAAUUAACCGAGAUGGUAAACCGAGGAUGUUCGGGUUCACGUAUCUCCGGUUAUCUGAUAGACUUCUCAGCGAACCGAACUUCACAACAUUUAAGACAUUCGUAAAACGAAUGCACGCAAAUCAAGAGUAUUGUUCAGAGCCUGAAAGGUACAACCAUGAGCUACUUCCAUUGGAAAGAUCGAUAAACGAUGAAUCAUUUGAGAAGUUAAUGGAAGAAACAGAUCCAGUUGAUCCACUUCCAUGGCUGGAAGAGACAGACAUGAGCAUUAGACCCUUUGAGAGUGUACUGUCUCUCUUGAAAAGCACUUUCUUUAGGAACAAGUCCUAGGUUAUCGUCUAUGGAUAAACAUGUAAUGUCUAUGGAUAAACAUGUAAUGUGUACAUACAUAUGUAUAUGCAAGUAAAUAAUUAAUCUUUAAUUAUGAUGUACAUUUGAAGCAUUAGUUUCGUAUAAACGAUACAUGUGAACAUGUCAUUUCUCCACUGCUUAGUGUCAAUUUUUUUUUCACU